CAGCUUCAGACACACAUGCCGCUGACACCACCCUCCAGCGAUACAACCGCUGUCAAAGGACGCAGUACUACAGGGCUCUACCGCCCCUCCCGGCGGGGCUGCCGGGUAAAAGCCACCGCCGUCACCGCCGCCUUUCGGUGGAGCCAGCCCCGCGGCGCUGCCCGCCUCUCGGCCGCACGGGGCGGCGCCGGAGCCAUCGGCGCUUCCCAGCGGCCUCCAGCGUGCGGGUGGGAAUAUCCGAAAAGCUGCUCCGCGGGGUCCCAGGGGGAACGACCCCGUGAACCGAAGAACGCUAACACUGGAAGUCAUGAGGUGCAGUCCUGGACAAGAGCUACCAAGCAAUCCUUGUGUCUUGUGUGGCAAAAAGUAAAGCUACAGCUAAUGCUAAGCAUGUCUUUCCUCGUCGCUGUCUUUUGGUACUGCAGAAGACUGUACAGCUUUUUAGCACAGCUAUUGAAACGGUGGAGCAGCUACCUUCAAAGAAAACUCGGAAAGAAUCACAGCGUGUUGGAAGAAGUUGAUCUCCUUGGUUACAGUGCAAGAAAAUGGAGAGAAGAAACAAAGCAGGCCAAACUCAUGAGGGAGGCAUACAGUGAAUUGUUUCAGAACCAUCAUGUUAAAUAUCUGCGACAGGUCAGGAAGGACAACUACUGCGUCCUAAGAGCAGUGCUUUUUCAGAUAUUCAGCCAAGGCAUUCCUUUUCCAUCGUGGAUGAAGGAGAGAGAUAUAUUAAAGCUUCCUGAAAAGCUUCUGUAUUCUCAAGGUUGCAACUGGAUUCAGCAAUACAGUUUUGGGCCAGAAAGUUACACAGGUCCUAAUGCCUUUGGAAAACUACGCAAAUGUAUGGAAACAUUAAAGGCAAAUUGGGCUGAAAUAAGUGGUACUAAAGAUCACGAAGAAAGAAGAAACAUGUGUAAUGCACUCUUUUCUGAUGAGAGCAAGGAGCACAAGCUAUAUGAGGCUAUAAAAUUUAUCAUGCUCUACGAAGUUGUUGAAGCCUACGAGCAAAUGAAGAACAGGGAUGAACCUAUACCCCACCUUUUUAGCCUGCUCUUUGCUCGGGAUUCUUCAUCUGACCCUUUGAGUUUCAUGAUGAAUCAUCUGAAUGCCAUCGGUGACUCUGGUUGCCUAGACCAGGUUGAACUGUUCCUCCUUGGAUAUCUGCUUGAAGUAAAGAUCAGAGUUUACAGACUGCAUAGAUUUAACACUGAAGAAUUUCAAGUAAACUGUCCAGAUGAAUACCGAAGGGAAUGGAAUGAGAUUUCUCUCCUGACUGAGGAUGACCGCUACUAUCACAUCCCAGUUAUCAGAACAUGAAGCACAAAUGACUUUCUUUUUUAACCUUUAUAUAGUAUCACCAGUUCCAGUGAAUUAGGUUUCCGAUUGGCAGCAGAAAUGCAUGUUGAUGAUUACAAAAUGAUUUACGGGUUUAUUGUGUAAAUGCUUUGCUUCCCCAUUGCAGUUCCAUUCACUGCCAGUCAGCUAUAAAUAGCAAAAUAUAUUGCUGUACUGUUCAGGGAAAAAUGUCAUAUUUGAGGGUUGCAAAAUGUCAUAUUUGAGGUAAACUGAGGCCACUACACAGCUCUUUCAAAUCCCAUCCAGUUUCUCCUGGUGUUGCAGUGUCUCCCUCCAGAAACAGAGCAAGCAGCUGCAGACUACAGUUACUUCAGAUGCUUGAAAUUAAGCUUAUCAUUGUUAGGUCUGCUUUGUAACUGAGGAAAGUUAAGACCUGGAUGCCUGAAGAAGUCUGUCUGGGAUGACUAAAUGAGAUUUGCUUUAUUUAUAUGCUAUGCUUUACGUGGUUCUGUUUUCUAAAAGACUCUGCUGUGUUUAGAUGGUUUCUAAAAUGAGAGGCCCUAACUUGAACAAAUGCUAAAAUGAUACAGCAGAUCUUGCAAGAUGUGUGCAAAAAGCACAGAAUCCCAUAGGCAAUGGGUUGUCUUUUAAAAAGGGGAGUUUUAUCAAGAAACGAAGCCUUUCCUUGUUUUAUCCUAGAGGUACAGAUCAAAAGUAGGCAGGUUUGGUUUUAGCUCCUGCAGGACAAGGAACAAAAGCAUGAGCUGGGCCUGCAGGAGUUAAAGCAGUUGCAUGUAGUAACUAACUGAUAAUGUCACAGAGCAUCAAAAUUACUCUCUUCCUUUGUGUAAUGGAAAACAAUUUCAUCCCUUUAGUCCUUCUGUUUUUAUGUAUAUGUAUAUAUAAUUUAUAAACACAAACACCUGAGUGCUGUAUUAUAUAGCAAGUUUGUUUCUUGGUGGUUUCUCUGGGUUCAGUUUUGUUCAAUAAUCUGUAGCUUUUAAUGAAAAAAGCAUGACACAUAUAAUUUAAUCUUUUCAAAGCCUACAUGUUGAAUAUUUAUUUAACAAAACAAACACAAACUUUAUUCACUGGAUGAAGUAAUUUUCCCUCUUUACAUUUGAUUCUGUUCUUUGUAGGGGAAUGUUGUAAUGCCUCAGUGUUGGGUAUUUGUCUAUUUUGCAUCAGUGAUAUGUGUAGCACUUGCACUUGUCAAUAGAGUUGUCUAUAUUUUAUUCUUGUUUUGGUAGAAGCAGACAUACCAAAAAUAGUGGAUUUUAUAGAGAGCUUUUUACUGGUUUGUGUAUUAUUUAUGAAUAGCAAUGCAAAAGCAUUACAGCUGGAAGUGUUAACACUGAUGAAAUGUAUGUUUUUUGUAAUCUUAAGCAUACUAAUAGAAGGGAAUUAAUAAAGAUGAAUAAAGAUAUAA